CGACCAGCACUCGCCAUAUUUUCAAUCGUGGAGGGACCGCAUCAGGCUGCCUCUGGGUUAAACGGGGACAGAAUACGAGGCAGGACAACAUACUAAUAGAAACUAAAGCCACCUUGUGUAUCGGGUUGUUCCUCUCAUCAAAAUGAACAUCUUCAGACUCACAGGAGACUUGUCUCAUUUGGCUGCCAUCAUCAUCCUGCUGAUGAAAAUAUGGAAAAGCAGGUCAUGUGCAGGUAUAUCAGGAAAGAGCCAGAUCCUCUUUGCAAUUGUGUUCACCACACGUUACCUGGACCUCCUCACCUCGUUUAUCUCCCUGUAUAACACUUGCAUGAAGAUGAUCUACAUUGGCUGCGCGUAUGCUACUGUGUACUUGAUCUAUGUGAAGUUCAGAGCAACUUAUGAUGGAAACCAUGACAGCUUCAGAGUUGAGUUCCUGGUUGUUCCUGUUGGGGGACUUGCUGUUCUGAUCAACCAUGACUUCUCACUCUUGGAGAUUCUGUGGACUUUUUCCAUCUACCUGGAGUCGGUGGCCAUCCUCCCCCAGCUCUUCAUGAUCAGUAAGACCGGCGAGGCAGAGACCAUCACCACACACUACCUGUUCUGCUUGGGCUUGUACCGA